AUGUGCAUGUACGUAUCAAGUUGUUGUAGCAUUUAUGCAUUACUUGAAUUUAUUUAUUUAUUCCCCGGCAGUGCUCUAUCAGCAGCUGUUACCUCCACUCCCAUUAAAGACCCAGCCCCCACCAGUUCUUCCAAUCCGUCAGAUAAAGGUACUCCUACUCCUCCUACUGACCCACCCCCAAAGACUCAACCUCAGUUAGUGAAGGCACACACUAUAGGUCAUUCCAGUGGGGGCGGGGCUGAGUCUCAUAAAGACGCUAAAGGAAGGAGAGCAACUUAUUCAUUCACUGACCAGGGUGUUAAUGAUGAUGAAAGCAUUGCCCGUUAUAUGCAGCUGCAGUUGAAUAAUGAAACUUAUAAUGAAGAUUUGAAAUUUGCUGAGUCACUGCAGGAGAUCAAUGAGCCACCUGAAAUUGAUGAGAAAACAACACUGAGAAUAAACCUGGGACUAAGUAAAGAUGCAACUGAUGAGGAAGUACAGGCACGUCUUCAAGAGUUUACUAAGUAACAUAUUAUUUGUAUAUCAUUAGUAUAUUAUUAGUAUACUCUUAUUUUGUAAUUUUGUUUGUUCCCUUGGCAUUUUGUGACUUAUUUUUUUUCACAAUAAAUUUUUCCUUACUGCAUAUCAUUGACUUUAAUGUCUGCUACCAUGUAUAAUAUAACAUCCAAAUUUUGUGUUGGCC